AUCAUAACAUUGGCAAUAUUUUUAUUGCGUAGCUAUUGCAAGAUUCUGAAGGGCGAAUCAAGGAAGAAAUUCCCCCAUCUUUAGUAUGGGGUAGUUUUAUUUUUUCCUAGAUUGUACCUAAACAACAUUACAUGAAAGAGCUGUUAUUUCAUAAACUUGUGACCCCAUUGUGGGUGCAGGCGACAGGAGGUGUUGGGAUCGAAACGGCCGUGAAAAAAGUUGUUUCGAGAGCCAUUCAGAAUGGACGACAGGUUUUCCAGUCAGUUUUCCAGACCACAGAGAAGGUCGGUCUCAGAGAAAUUCCAAAAACCUGCAAUGUUCAGAACAAUGUUCCUUUGUCAACCAAACCAUCCAUUCAACGAGCAGUUUUUGAUGGCUUAUUUCCUCGUGUUUCGAUCCGUACGGUUGCAGCAGAGCUGAGAAGAAGGGCUGCUUUGCAAGGAAUUUCGGGAGGAAUUCGUCAGUCAGCUAAUGGUCGCUAUCUCCCUCUCUUCGCAUUUAUUGGAGUGGGAAUAUCAUCAUUUGAAGAUAAUGAAAAUGAGAAUGCCUCUAACAUCUGCAGUAAUAUUCGGGAUGCAUGUAAGAGUUUUGACUUACCAUCAACAUACAACAAGCCAUUUAAACCAUCGGCUUUCUGUCUGGAUGAUCUAGAAUUAGGUUCGUUUAUUGCAAAAGGCUGUAAUGCUGCUGUCUAUGAAGCCAGAUACAAACAGAACCAAUCAGAACAUGUUGAAAUUAACCAAUCAGAACAUGCUGAAAAUAACCAAUCAGAGACCGAAGUUGAAGAAGUGAAGACAGAAUUCAUGCCGUCGUCGCAACCUGGGGAAUUAAACAACAAAAGUAACAGCAAUGAAUCCGUUUUAAUGGAUUUAUCGCCUGAUUGUGAAAGUGGAGAUUUUUCUGUCAAUUCCAUGGUGUCCGAUUCAGAUAGUAUUGAGAUACUGGAGCGGGAUGAUGAUGUUGAUUUUGUUACGUUUGUUCAAAAUGAAAGUCAGGAUGCUGACGGCCAACCUCUGGUGUUUGAUGAUGAUGUUGAUUUUGUUACGUUUGUUCAAGAUGAAAGUCAGGAUGCUGACGGCCAACCUCUGGAGUGUGAUGAUGAUGUUGAUUUUGUUACGUUUGUUCAAGAAGAAAGUCAGGAUGCUGACGGCCAACCUCUGGUGUUUGAUGAUGAUGAUAGUGAUAUUUUCGUUCUUGGUAUUGAUUUAGACGAGGAAGACUUUUUACUACAAGAUGUAGAAAAUCCUGAGAAACAUAAACCACCAGAUGUUUGUUGUGAUUUGGCCGUUAAAAUGAUGUUUAACUACGAUGCUGAAUCUAAUACAAUCGCCAUUUCUCAGGCCAUGAAGAAAGAAACAAUACCAGCUAAAAUGAGAAUAGACCAAGAAAGUCUAAAUAUAAUUAACUUCAAUGAGAGCGAACAGCCAUGCCAUCUUCCUCCACAUCCAAAUAUUGUUGAUAUGAAAGAAGUUUUUAUUGGUGAUGUUCCCGAUAUACCCGACGCGUCUGUGAAAUAUCCUGCUGCUCUACCAACAAGAUUACACGACAAUGGUUUGGGGAGAAAUAUGACCAUGUUCCUGGUAAUGAAAAGAUAUACAUGUACACUAAGAGAGUAUUUAUCUGAGAAUGAUCUAGAUAUGACAACAAAAUUAUUUCUUCUGGCUCAACUACUGGAAGGUGUUGAACAUCUGAACUUUCAUGGUAUAGCUCAUCGUGAUUUAAAGUCUAAUAAUAUACUCAUUGACUGUACAAAAGGUAUGCCAGCGUUAGUUAUAAGUGAUUUUGGAUGUUGUUUAGCAGAUGAAGAAUAUGGUUUAAAGAUACCUUAUAUUACAAAUGAACAGUCUAAGGGGGGUAACCCUUCUUUAAUGGCACCGGAAAUAGCUUGUGCUACACCUAGUAGAAGUGGUAGAGCUGUGUUAGAUUAUGGAAAAAGUGACUUAUGGGCUGUCGGAACUUUGGCGUAUGAAAUUUUCGGUUUAGAGAAUCCAUUUUCUGGUCAAACUGGGAGUAAAUGUUUAAACAGCAGUUUAUACCAGAUGUCUGAUUUACCAACAUUACCAGAUGCUGUACCUGAUGUUAUUCAGAAUCUUGUAUAUAAAAUAUUAGACAGAGAUCCACAACAGAGACCAAGUCUGGCCGCUGCUGCGUCUGUUGUAGAAUUCUAUAUAUGGAGCCAACUGAAGGACGAUUCGACUAAUUGUCCAACCAUAUUUGACCUUACUUCGUGGUUGUUGAUUAUAUUUACAGAGGUCUUCGCAAAAACGAUUUUUAAAAUAUCGACUGACGACCCAGAACUACAAUUAAAAUAUUCUCUUCUAAUGAGGACAACUCAGAAAGAUUUGUUUGAUUGUGUCAACUUUUAUAAACAAUAUUUGUAACUGGUUUUCUAGAGAUUGUAACAGGAAUUAAAUUUAACUUUCAGAAUCAAUAUGACGUGAAAUACAACCCAAUGUGUGUAUAAAUUGAAUGUUUCAAUAUUGAUUCCUUAUUUAUGAAAACAGAAUAUCUUUAAUCUUUGAAAACAGCGAAACAUAUUAUAUAAACUGGCCAUCUAAAUACCUAUUUAUAAAAAACGAAUAUCUUUAAUCUUUGAAUACAGCAAAACAUAUUAUAUAAACUGGCCAUCUAAAUACCUAUUUAUAAAAAACGAAUAUCUUCAAUCUUUGAAUGCAGCUGAACAUAUUAUAUAUACUGGUCAUGUACAUAUACUUAUAGAAUAUUAUAAACCUCUACAGUUCUUGCGAUCAACAUUUGGAAUUUGUUUACAUAUGGGAUAUUAGAUAAAGAGCUGGCAGUUCGCACUAUAAUAGUUAACAGCUAGAUAAUGUAAAGGGAAUUUGCUGAAAAUUAACUUUUCCGGCCUAAAGAAAGAUCUGCAAUAGACAAGAUUUAGUUUUUGCAUAAUGUUUGUUUAAUUACAUGCAACUACCAGGUGUUAAAUCAUUAAAAUUUCUGAUUUAAACACAUUAUGAUAAAGUGAGUGACAAGAAGGUUAUUUUGCUUGACCUAUUGCCAUGUUAAAAUUGUUUUAAAUAUGAUUGAUCUACAGUAUAUUGAUAUGUGUGUAAUUAAAGAUUGUAACUGUGAAAGUUUUAACAAAUAAUCAAGUUUAAACUAUUAAAGGUUUUGUUUCUGAUGUUAAUAAUGAUAGCUAAUAAAAAAAUGUAGAUUUAUA